AUGGUUUCGAACGGCGGAAAAAAAGACCCAUAUAUGGUGCCAGGAGCCUUGGCGUCUACAGAUGUGGCAUUUAGCCAGCCUGAAGACUGUGUGGUCAAUUUGAUUGCAGUGGGACUAAAGGAAGCAUCAACAGAUUCUCCUAGUUUCCGAGCUUCCGUGAACUACAUGAAUUCCGAAAUCAGAUCCUACCAGCUUUUGAUCAAAAAAACCAUUGAUUAUCUCAAGCGAUUCGUGGCUGCUUGUGCGACGUUGCAAGGCAUAAGUUCCGAAUUUCAAACAGUACUCAGCUCUGUCGGUCAGAAUAGCCUUGCGAACAGAGACAUAGCGAAGACAUGUAUUGAGCGAACCUCACAAGAUAUGAACGAGGUUUUGAGUUUUAUCAAUGGUGCCCUUACCUUCAAGAAAGAGCCCAUACAGAAUUUGAUUAAUCUUCUUGAUGGAGAUAUUGCUGCGUAUCUUGAACUACGUCAUGCCUUUGAGGGUAUUCAAGCUAAAUAUGACUCAUAUCUCGACAAGUUCGUUGCUCAGCCUAAAACCCUAGACCCCAUAAAUGCCAGAGAAGACGCCCAACAACUCUUCGAGCUCCGAAAGCAAUACAUCCACAUAUCGCUUAGCAUAUGGAUUUCCAUUACCAAAUUGAGACACAAGGUCAGCUCUGCACUUGUCGAACUCUGUGACACUUUGAGGAAUUCGUCAGAGCAGUCAAAAAACCUGGCUGAAUUCUUGGGAUUGGAAGAGUCAUCCAAGAAAAUAGAAAGGGCAAAGUACUUCAUGGAAUUGCAGGAGCGCUCACAUCAAAGCCUAAUCAAGGACCUGCUAUCUGCUCGAAGGACCUCUGAGGAAAAUGUGGUGAAUUUAUGCACUCCCUCGAAUGACCUUGAUUCUUAUAUACCAGCGACUAUCAACAUGGCGCAUCUCCUGGAUACGGAUGUGGAGCAGUACGAGAAACACGGUUGGGUGUUUCUUAAGAGCGGAAAAAUCAAAUCAAAGGAAAUCGUUUGGGUCAAGAGGUGGCUUUUCAUCAAAGGCGAUCUGUUUGGAUUUCUCUCAAUAAGUACAUCCGGUACCUACGUUGAAGAAUCUGAUAAAAUUGGCAUUUUGUUGGCUAAUGUUCGCUAUAAGCCUGAAGAGGACCGAAAAUUCUGUUUCGAAAUUAAGACUUUACAGACAGAGGUCACAAUCCAGGUUGAGACAUUGGGCGAGCUCAAAAGCUGGCUCUCAGUAUUCCACACUGUCAAAAACUCAGCUUUGCAGCGCAACAGUACGAUAUCCAUGUCAAGAUAUGAGCCAAUGUUGGACCUGUUUGCACUUGAGCCAGUUGUUGAGAAAGACCUCGAGCUCGUCAACCUGCCAAGUACGAAGCCGGAAAAUGCGCAAAUGCUGUUGAACAAGUCCCUUCCUAGUUUGAAAAUGGACGUCAAUUUUAGUGCUCCCUUGGUCACCGAACUGACCAACCUUGCUUGCUUGUCACAUUUAUAUUUGACCUCGCCAAAAGUUCCUUCUGCCUUCACUGCAAAUGUUUGGGGGUUUGUUAACUGGGGAUUAUAUUACGCCAUUAAGAAUCGUAAUGACUCCAUUGAAAUUGCUGCAAAAAUGCACUCAAGCACGCUAAAUUCCAUUAACUUACGGUACCCAGCAUCUUAUCCAAUUGAAUUGAGGCAAUUGGAUCUUCAGGUGCGAUCUCUUUUCGAAUCCUAUGUUGGUGCGGACGAAUUUGUUUUAAUGGCAUUCAGAGCUUUCUGGUCGGCGAAUUCAAAACAGGGACUGUUUUGUUAUCUUUAUGCGACUGAGAGUCAUAUAUAUGUUUACACCACAAACUGCGGAUUGGUUUCAAUUUCUGUCUUGAAAUUGACAAAUUUUCUUUAUGUUGACUCGGUCCAGAAAGCAAAUUAUGACCUGCUUCGAUUUUACUUUGUUAGUGGAGUGUCCACGAAAAUGAGGCUUUGCCUAGAACCAGGAAAUCUGAUCAAAGACCAAAUCAACUAUCUUAUUUCUCUGAAAAAAUCGUCAAUAAGCAAACCUCUCGAAACGAUAAUAGAUGAGCUGGCCAAAAUAAAACAAGUUCAUUCACAAGUUGAGCCCAAAGGACCUUCCUCAAUCCCUUUGACAGUUCCGCAGAAUUCAGAAGGGGAAAAGGCUGUUGUUACGAUUGCCUCAUCUGCAGAUAUGGAUACGGACAUGAAACUUAACUACAGCGAGGAUAUGCAUCUCAUAUGGAUUCAAAAGUAUGAACUACCUGCGAAAGCUCUGUUCCAUGUAUUGGUUGGUGAUCAAUCAUUCUUGCUGCAAUCUAUGCUUCCCUUUGCCCAUCUUUCUGUAGACACAGGAACACAGCAUACCGUUUGGAGAUGCGACUCGCAACAGAAGCUCACACGGAUUAUUUGGAAUCCUGCAAUUGAAUUACUGUCGGCUGAGCAGCGGAUUGAGUCUAUGCUAAACAACAAAUAUUACAACUUCACGCAAACCACGCCAUACUUGUAUCUUCCUUUUGGAAGUGCGGGCCGCCUCAUCAUCAGAUUCAUUAUCUUCAACACAGAUUCGCGCUCCUCAAAAUUGCUCGUUUACUACAAGGUAAAGAGAAACAGAAACAUAUUAGAAUUAUUCAGCUCGUUUUUUUUCAGACAGGUGAUCUUGUCCAAAAUUGAUGAUCUUCAUAAGCAUCUCCUGUCUGCUAUACGCAAUUUGGCUAACGAAAACCGCAAGAUUGCGUCGGCGAUAAAGCUGUACGGGCCGAUUACCAAGUUCGAUGCCGAUGAUUUGACCGAGGAAGAAGUCAGGUUCGCCGAAGACGUCAAGCAUGUUAAAGUGGAGUUUUUGCUUAACCUCGUUCUACAGAAAGUCAACUUGGAAUUUGAUAAGCUGCUUCACGUAGCUACAAAACUAGUCAUGGAUGCACUUUUUUCAGCGUAUAAGAAUUGCAAGCUCCAUUGGCUGCUGAUUUUAUCUUUGGGCAUCUCAUUAUUCUUCAAUGUUUAUUUCUCGGGUAAAACUACCCAUGCGUACUGGAUUGAACAUAAUACUGAAAAAUACGUGAACUUGCUGGUCCACAAACCAACAGUGAUGAAAAGAAUGAUUUCGAUAAGUGAUAUACAAGACUUCGCACACAACACGAGCGUUCAACUGUCCUAUAAUGCCACUGAAUCUCAAUGCUUUUUAGAGUUUCAAAAGCUGGCCGGCGUUGUUGAAGACUCUCCACCAACUGAAGGCAAAGUACAAUCCCGUUUGGUGGAAUUUGGGUUACAAAGAAAUGAACUACUGACAGAGCUCGGGAUACUAAAUGCUGCAGAGCGAGCAUACUUGGCUUGUGAAUGGAAACGCUGGGUUUUCGCUGAGCACCAGAAUUGCGAGCUUGCUCGUACUAAAUACCCUCAAAGAUACGAUGAGCAUCUCUGCCGGUAUUGCCAAUCGGCAAAGGCCGAAAUGGAUUAUAUAUCGCACACAUUGUUAUAA